AAAUCUCGUUCGAACCAUCAUUAAUUUCCUUAGAACUACCAUUCUGAAACCCGAAAAGUCUAUUGAAAGACAUGUACAUGACAGGCAAACCCAACACUAACGAAAAGAACUGCGCUUAUCCCGAUCUUCGAAUAACUAUUUUAUGGUGCCACUUAACUUAUGUAAGCCCUACCUCUUCAACUUGAAAAAAAAAAAGCAAAGGAAACAACAGCUACAUAAGCAGUGAGUUAGCCCAAAGACAUUAAAUUGUGGUUAAGAAAUUGUUGAAAUUUCGAAAGUGUUUAACCGUCCAACAGACUGUGAGUCUUUCUUGAAGACUUUACUUCUUCCAUCACCAAGUCAGUGCCAAGAUGGCGUUGCAUAAAGCCCUCGCAGACAAGUUCCGGUCAUGGCGGAGGUAUUUUGUCAUCGCUGGCGGCAUCCUCAUCUAUCUCCCAAUUGGAGUCCCUUGGUACUUCGGUAACCUGGCGACAUACAUCAACUCAUACUACCACAGCCGGGUGCCCUCAGAGACGGACCUGGUGGACCCUCAGUGGAUCUUCUCCGCCUUCUUCAUCGCCUUCUCUCUGGCCAUCAUCGCCUCGGGCUAUAUCAGCAACCGCUACGGGCCCCGCCCCACCAUCAUAGCGGCACUCUUUGUGCACAGCGGCGCCACCUUCCUCAGCUUCUACGCCAUCCAGCACUCCAUGACUGCCCUCAUCCUUACGUUUGGUGCAGUGGGCGGGGUCGGGGCGGGGCUUGCCUAUGGACCGCCUCUUCCGGUUGUCAUUAAGUGGAUGCCCCGGCGUGUCGGCCUGGCCAGCGGAGCCCUGAUGACGGGGUUUGGGGGCGGGGCUAUCUUCUACAACGAGCUCGUCACUUUCUUCAUCAACCCAGACAACAUCAGGCCAGACGUGAAGGGCUCGAGAACCAC